GCUGAUCAGCUAUGAUAUUGUAGAUUAGUACUAGUUUGUCUUUUGACCUGUUGCCAUUGAAGUGAUGUCGGCAAUUAUCCCAAAAGUCACGCACAUUAGCCCCAGGAUAAUCCGUAUCUUGGGAUGUAACCCAGGACCGAUGACAUUACAAGGAACUAACACAUAUUUGAUUGGGACAGGAAAACGCCGACUUUUGUUGGAUGCUGGAGAACGGGGAAAUAUGGAGUACAUAUCACAGUUAAUACAAGUAUUGAAGCAAAACAAUGUAUCUCUGGAGAAAAUAAUAAUUUCUCACUGGCACCAUGAUCAUAUUGGUGGUUUAGAAGACAUUCUGAAAUACUCACAAGAAGAUAUCCCUAGUGUUCAUAAAUUUCCUCGAAUCGAUGCUGAAGAUGAUCCUUUGCCUGAUGUAGUAAAACUGCAGUUGCUCACUCAUGAACAGGAACUGGCAGUUGAAGGCGCAACUGUGAGAGUCCAUCACACCCCAGGCCACACUACAGAUCACAUCAUACUUGAACUGCCAGAAGAGGGAGCAGUGUUUAGUGGGGACUGUAUUCUCGGUGAAGGGACAGCUGUAUUUGAGGACCUUCACAGUUAUAUGGGAUCCUUAAAGGCCAUCUUACACUUGGAGCCCAAAGUCAUAUAUCCUGGCCAUGGACCUGUAAUUGAAGAUCCAGUUGAACGCAUCAAGCACUACAUUGACCAUAGAACUCAAAGGGAAUCACAAAUCUUAGAAGUUUUAAUGCAAAGUCCUAAAAAGUAUUUGACUGCAAUGGAGCUGGUGAAAAUUAUAUACAAGGAAACGCCAGAGAGCCUUCAUCCAGUGGCUGAAGUCAAUGUCGGUCACCACCUAGAGAAGCUCUGGAAAGAUGGCAUCAUCCAUAAAGAAAAUAAUUCAUGGUGUCUCAAGGCAAGGAAAGACCAGCUCUGAAGGAUUUGAUAAAAUGAGAAUACUUGUUGAAUUUGACAAGGAUCCCUAUGGCUUGUAGUUGAGGUGUGUGCAUAUUUGAAUAGUAUAAAUUAAUUUUAUUAAGAGGUCGACUUGUACAUUGUAUGGUAAAUACGAGGCAGGUAAGUAUAUUUAUGUGAAGGUAUUUUCUAAACUACUCAAAAGAUACUAGACUGAGCUGGUAUACUUAAUGUAUUAAUUUUCAAUAAGCUUCCUUAUAUUACUAUUAUCAGAACACAAUUGCUUUGUGGUACAUGGAAGCUAGAGUAAUUUUUGAAGUCUAGAAAUGAUCAAAAGGUGUUUUCACAGGAAAAAUAUAAAGCAAAAAGCAAAAAAAAUAUAUAUAUACAUAUAUAAGGUAGGUGAAAACACCAGAGCACAAAAGGGUCUAUCUACAAAGCAAUGCUUUUCUUAAUGACCUGCAAAGUAAGCUAAGCAGUUGUACCCUUGAUGCUCAAUAAGCUGAAGAAAAGCAGUGUUUUUGUAUUUUCUCACAAGCCAUCAGGAAUUUUAUUUCAUGUUAAAGGGAAUAUGUACAAAACAUUUGUACCCAUUAGUGUAUAAUACUUAAAUGGUAAUAAAUAUUUUCAUGGGCAA